AUGGUUCGCGCGUCCACGUUGCGAGGAGUUGGGAGGAGAGGAUGUGCAGGAUGCCAGAUCCAGCACUUCGCGCGUACGCCAAGCAACCCUGUCUACACGGCGGGGAGCAGACGCUCUCCUUCGUUGUAUAUUAUGGAUCCGUCGACUGCGAGGACUGGAAAGGAAGUGGAUGUUCGAGUGGAAGACGGGGACCCCGACCCAUACGGAAAGCUGCGCGUGCGCAGAGGAUCUGCCUUUGCGGCAACGACGAGACCGAACAGCGUCAUCAUCCAAGAACUGACGAAGAACUACAGCAAGCUUGAUCUGCCUCCAAGUGAUGGCGAGUGCAAUUUUCUCAAAUCCGCAAUUUCGCAUCGGAAAAACGGCGCGUUGCAAUAUCUUUUCUCUCUCGCCUGCGCGACAGGAAACCCCGUGGACGUGAACCUGAACGUCUUCCUGGUCAACCUGGACGACGUCGACACGAAAAACAUGGAAGUGAAACUCGACCUCCUGCUCCGCGCCCAAUGGAAGGACCCCCGCCUCGCGUUCCGCGACGCCCAGAGCCUCCGCGUCCUGGACCCGACCGUCCUCUCGGCGUUCUGGCUCCCCGAUCUCUUCAUGAACCGGGCUCACGACGCGGAGAUUCACCGCUAUCCGUCCAGCAACGAGAUGCUCCGGAUCUUCGGUGACGGAUCCGUUCAUUACAGUCGGAGCUUCCGAGGAGUCAAUCUUGCCCAGGAGAUCUUCCAGCAGGUACAGCGUCCGAAUGCCUUGCCCCAUGAACCUGAAGCAUUACCCGCUGGACACCCAGGAAUGCGAGCUGAGCCUCACGACCUGUCAGUCCCCCGCCCCAUCCGCCCCCGCCCUUCCCGCCGACCGCAAUUAACGUGUCGCCCCUUAGACGGGAGCACGGUGGACGAGGUGCGCCUGAGGAUGGAGAAAGUCGGCUUCGACCCGAAGGCGGACGCGAGCGUCCCGGAAUUCCGCCUGGACAACGUCACCGUGGCCCCGAGCGAGGACAAGGUCGCAGGGAGCGGUAAGGCCAGUGUUUCUCGAGCCCCAAUUCAUAAUUGGCACUUCCGGCACUUCCGAGUUCCUCAACGCACAUUGCCCGCGAUCCCUCCCACCCUCCACGACGAGAGACAGCGAUCCCGCAUUUGUCUCGUUCCAGGGACUUACUCGGUCUCGGGAAUCGUGUUGCACCUCCGUCGGCUCCGAACGCGGCACUUCGUCUCCUUCUUCAUCCCUUGUGCCUUCGCCGUCUUCGUCGCCUAUCUCUCCCUCUGGCUCAGAUCGUGUUUGCCCCGGGUCGUGAUUUGCGUGGGGAUGAUGGGCGUGUUGGUGUACAUCUGCGCCGCGGAUUCGCCUCCCGUCCCGUACACUACGAGCCGAGACGUGUGGGGCGGCUUCUCCUUGGUUUUCGUCACUAUCGCACUCAUCCAGACCGUUCUCAUCGACUAUUUCGGCCCGUUGGAGAUGCAGCAAGAAGAAGACGCAGAAGACGAGAAAAAGCCGUCGAAAUGGUGGAAAUGGGGCACUGCGAAAUGCGAGAAAUUCUUCCGGAUCUCCUACCCCGGCCUCUACAUGGGCUUCUUCAUCGUCUUCUGGAUCGGCAUGGAAAUAGACGCCUUCCUCGACGAUACGACCAUCGGUCUCUCGCUCAAACUCGACGUCGUCGUCUUCCAAAUCCAUUCGACAGAGGACGACAUCCAACCGCCCUUCCUUUCUCCGAAUCAUGUAAUGACCCGUGCGAGUGUGCCCGGCCCGGCGAAGAGCCGCACACGACUCCGUCGGGUCGCCCAGCGGCGCGUGGCCCCUGGCACCAAGGCAGGAGGUUUCCCGACAUCAAAGGCGCGGCCACAGAGUGCCCAGUCUUCUUAG